AUGACUUUAGGACAAGAUUGAUAAACAAGUUAGUUCUGGUAAUCGUGAUGUGCCAGAAGGCACAUUUGACGCAUUGAUGCAAGUUGCAGCCUGCGAACAGGUUUGUUUCAGUAUAAUAUACAGUAUGAGCUUUAUUUGAUUGUGUUAGUACAGCUAUUUUGAAAGAAGAGGUGAAAGUUGGCUUGCAAAUCUUAAACGUAUUACGGUAACACAUGAUUUAUUAACACAUGAGUGCCAUCAAUACCUACGUUAUUUUAAACUGGGACAUUCUAAAACAUACACUAUUUAACCACUGUGUCAUCAAUGCCUCCGCUCCUCCGGUAUUUUCAACUGGAAUAUUCUAACACUUGUACUAUACUGUGCGGGUCUAUGUCUCACUAAACCAAAAAUACCUGUACGUCGUAACGUUAUACAAUUUGAUAUAGGAACUUCAAUGGGGAGCGAAAGAAUUGACUCGGCGUAUGGUACUUAUUGCAACAGAUGGUACGUUUCAUAUGGCAGGAGAAGGCAGGGUAAGGUUACGAAACAGCAUGUCACGGUUUUCUUAUUAGAAUAUUCAAUGGCUUGUGUGACAUUUGUGCUAUCCAUGCAGUCACGAUUCAGUGAUCGGAAUGUUCCAUUGUCGUUUUCAUUGUUUUGAAAAUUUCAUGUGAUGCAAUUGGAUUAUCUUUCGUCUUUGUAAAUAGCCCCUAAUCUAGGACCCUCACAUGUAACAGCUCAGACCCCGUUCAUAUGUGACCAGACGUAUCCGAACGCAGCUAACCUACGAAUUCCCCUGUGAACAAAUGAAACUGAUCGAAACUGCGCAUGCUUUCGAAUUACUGUAGCCUCGAUGACCUUGAAACGACUUGAAAACUACCCACAUCCCUCGCAGCUAAGAGAUACAGUAUGACCAGUAUCUGCUUAGCAAAAUAUCAUUCAUGAUCGAAUUACAGUAUAUUAAUCAGGUAAAUCUUCAUAUUAAAAUCAUGAUAAACUAAAGCAGAUUACGUAGCUUGCUUACACUGGACACCGGACACUACAUGCAUUCUUUCACAAGUGCCAAAAGUAUUCAGCAUGUCGAGUAUUUGUCUUACAACCAGGCCCCGAAUUACUACAAACAAAAGUGGACCGCAACACUGAAGGACAAGAACAUUUUUUUGAUGCCGCAGACACCAUAGAAAGUCAUGUUUAAUGUUUGUUUGCGCAAAGUAUAAUAUUCGUUUGUAUAAAUGCUUAGUCGAUCUCCCCAGUUCCAAACGUUUACAAAUGUUGCGUAGAGUUGUUUACAGUGAAGUUGCAUACUGAUUACCCAAACUGAUGAUUUACUUGCAAGACAAUCUACUGCUUUGUUACUUUUGAAGUAAUAUGCAUAAAAAUGUUACUCGACUGCAUGUGAUUGCACGCUCAUGAUUUUUCUUUGUGUUUUCCUCAUCAAUUUUUAAUGAAAUAGUACAUAAAUGUCUGUGUACGUAUAUUUUACCAAAACGAUGAAAAAAUAUAUUAAUGUAUAGUUUUGUAUAAGAUAAAAUUUCAUGAAAGAUUUUAAUUCUGGCAUAUAUUUUGACCCAUUUUGUGCUUUCGCUACAACUUCUGAAUAUACGCACAGAAAACAUUGUUGCUUAAUUCCAACUUUAUGAUACAGGAAAAUGCCCGAUUUUCUAGACGUGUAUGCAAAUAUAAAUAGUAGCUAAGUUUAUUCUUGAACUGAUUCGUUUCACCUGAACCGAAUGUUAAAUUCGUUUCACCUGAACCGAACGUUGUUAAGUUGACAAAAAUUAGGUUUGAGAACACACGAAUUUGCCAUAUCCAAGAGGGGCCAAUCUGCGGCAGUUUUGAGCAUUCGAAUUGUGAAAUCUGCUACGCCUUCCAUUUCUCGCUUUUGCCAUUCUUUUGCAGUCUACCCGCUCCCAGAUUGGGCCAUUCCAUUUAAUAUAGGCACCCCCCUAUUGAGGGGUCUGGAUAUCCUAUGGGGGGGGGGGGGGGGGCGUUUUUACCUUAAAUCUUCCUAGAGGGUAGCUUAAGAGAUUUUCAAAAAAUAGCAAAAAUUUGGUGUUUUAGUGAUAUCCAAUGGGGCAAACACGAUAUACUAAAGGGGGUAUAAAGAUAUCCAUGGGGUAACUUCCAAAAAUCGCAUCCAAGGGGGUUCUAAAAUUUUUAUAUCCUAAGGGGAUUAUGAAGGGACCCCUCAAUAGGGAGGGGGGUGCCUAUAUUCAAAUGGAUGGCCCAUUGCCUGGGAUCUUCUUGUGUGAAAAAGCGCUGAAAUUAAAAAUAGAAAGCCUAGGUCUGGGUUUGCGUAAGUUUUUUUUUUUAUCUUGGGUAUGUAUCCACAGACAGAUGCAAUCAAUGUCAAUUCAUGAGAAUUAUUCUCUUGUUUAGUUUGGUGGUAUUGCCAAACCAAAUGAUGCCAAAUGUCACCUUGCAAAUAAUGUCGUGGACGGUGGUCGUUUGUAUGACAAGUCACUGGAGCUGGUAAGAUGUACUGAUAUUGAUAUAAAUCUGGAUUGAGCACCUAUUUUGUGAAACAAAAUGUAGUGUACAGUUAACCCCCCUAUUUAGCAGAAUACAGCUGCUUUAAUCCUUUUUCAUUUACCUUAGGAUUACCCGACAGUACACCAGGUUUAUCAAAGACUUCAAGAAAGCAAUAUUCAACCUAUUUUUGCGAUCGCUGGCAAGGAGAGCACUGUACCGGCAUACGAGGUAAGAAAUCUAAGAAUGCGGGAAGAAGUGCUGCCAUCUACAAUUCACUAAAACGAAACUAAUUAUUUUAAUUACUGUCGUUCCAAUUGAAGUGUUGCUCAAAUAUUGAUUCAAUACAUUACCUCUGGCUGACCAAUUCAUUUGAUCAAGUUCCUCGAGAUAUUCAUACACUUCCUGUGAAAGAGCUAAUUCCAAGUAUUUGAUCAUUUCUGGUCACUUCCUUUCUAUUUAUGAUUGGUUAGUUGUGCAAACAACAAAAGUGAUUGGUGCAUUCAAACGAUUGGUGCAUUCAAGUUGUUUACAAUUAUACUAGGAAGUGUAUGAAUAUCUCGAGGAACUUGAUAAAAUGAAUUGGUCAGCCCGAGGUAAUGAAUUGAAUCAAUAUUUGAGCAACACUUUAAUUGGAACGACAGUAAAUAUAAUAAAAUAGAUAACUUCUCCUAAAAAAUAUCUCGCAUAUAAAUUCCCCGUCACACUUUGCUAUUAAAAUCACAUAUGAUUCAUUACGGAAGGCGCCACUUAAUUGUGAAGAUUCUGAAAUUUAAACCCUCUGAAAUGGCAAUUCCAGCCAUUUUAUCCAAUUAUUUAAUAAACACUAUUGUGUAAAAUUUGUAUUCGAAAAGCAAGAAACAUUUCCCUUGACGCUCCUGCAUUAAGAAGGAAAUAUUUUGGUUUGUAAUUUCGUGAAAUUACCGGCGAUUGUCUGGGCUACAAACGGCAAAAAUCGCCGGAUGUCGUUUUCUAUUGGGAAGCCUGAUUUUCAUCUUGCUGUAAUGCAUACAGUAUCUUCGGCUUCAUGAUGCUUGUGUGCCUCACCCUAAUCUACUGUAUAUGAAUAUUUAGCUUCAGACAAAUGACAAUGUUUGAACUUUAGGCUAUCGUGAGUAACUGGGAUGAUAUAAGUGCUACUUUGGGAGAAUUGGAUGGAGAUUCUAGCAACAUCAUCGAUCUUAUUCAAAGAAGCUACGAUGUAAGUGAAAUUGUUUUAGCUCUAGUUUGCUGUAUCGAUUUGAAUUCAAAUUUUGUAAUGGGAUCAAUUAUUACAAGAGAUUUAUACCUGCAUACAGUUAGGGCCUCCAGGUUAUUGCAUGCAGUUAGCUUAAGUUUUUUGGUUUAUUUAUUUAUUUAUUUAUUUUAUUUAUUUAUUUAUUAAUGGUUUAUUUGCAUAUUAUCGCAUUGAAAAUGAAUUACAAUAUGCUUACUUGGAAAUAUACUAAAAUGUACAAAAAUACUAAAAUAUGAAUUACUAUAUCUAAUAUAAAUGUUAAAACCUAAUGUAAAAGUUAAGACCAUAAAGGCCUAUACGUCAACUUGACUAUAGCACAUUGCCGGGAUAAAACUGUUCUUAAACCUCUCAGUUCUACAUUUGGAAAGCGAUAAUUGAUUAUUAUUUCUCAAACUCCGUCCAUGGACGUUUCCGCGAGUUGCCGUCACGGCAACAAGUGGUACAGUUUCGAGCAAGGCUUAGCAAUCUUUUGUAAGGUAUUCUGACAUAUUGAAUGCCUUCUAUCAUCAAGGCGAGAACAACGACUGAUAAAUAGGGCUUCCGCAUAAUCAGUGAAAGGUUACAGAAUUCGCAGAGCACGUUUCUACACCCGUUCAGUUUUGUUGGAAAGAUACUGAGAUAGGCUGGUAUGCCAGACUGCAUAAGCAUAUUCCAAAACAGAUCUGAUUAAGGCGUUAUAGAUUGAGAGCUAGUCAGCGGAUGGAAUUCCAGAUCGACACAACACCCGAAGGAUGUAAAGGCGUUUCGACGCUUUUUUUACGACAAUUGCAACGUUAUCAUUCCAUUUAAGGUGAUUAUUAAUAGUCAAACCCAAAAUCUUGAAAGAUGUAACCAGUUCCAAUUGUUGAUCAUUAAUGUAUAAUGGAGUAUAGUUAUCAAUUUGUCGUAAAAAGCUGAUAACCAUUUCCUUGCAUUUUAACCCAUUCAGUUUCAUAUCAUUUUCACAUGCCCAUUGUUGGAGUUCAUUGGGUUCAGUUUGUAAUCGCGAUUCCUCAGUUUCUUUUAUAACCUCAGAAAUCGUUACAUCGUCAACGUAUUUCCAAUGAGAGGAGUUUAGGGACUUUAUUUUCAGAUCAUUAAUCAUAACUAAAAACAAGAUAGGGCCAAGUUUUGUUCCUUGAGGGACACCGCCAUUUACAUAAGCCCACUCCGAGUGAGACUCAUUAAUCUUCACUGCCUGACGACGAUUUGAAAGAAAAUCACAUAUCCAUGGGAUCAAACAUCUUACUCCAAGGGCUAUGAGUUUCGUAAUCAAAAUGUUAUACCGACACGAAGUCAAACCGGGACCAUUUCGUUUCGGUCAUAGUAUUAUUUAUAAUAGAUGUUUACAUGAGACCGAGUGGAAAAUAACUCAGACCGGUCUCAAGUCAUUCCGCCUGCUGGACCGAACCGACUGACUUCAGACCGACAUGAAUUCAGACCGGAAUGAAUGUAAACACAAAUACAUUUCAGACCGGUCUCGGCUGUAACCUUGACAUUGGAACAACACACGCUAACAAAAGCCAUAUAAAAAAGAAAAUUGCCUGGCAAGGGGAAUAAAUUGAAAAUUUUGUGAUUUUCGUACCGGUCUCAGGUAAACAUGUUGAAAUUUCAAUUUUCAUUCCAGUUUGACUUCGUCCCGGUCUCAUGUAAACGGGGCCUAAGCUAUAACUACUAACUGGUGGCCAAAUUUUCCUAUUUCACAAUGCCGCAACUCACAAUACUGUUUACAGCUAUUUCAAUUAAGGUUGUCCACGAGCAAAGCGGAAUAGUCGAAUACGAGCGCGAAAGGCUGCUGGGAACCGCUUUGAAAAUUCAAUUUAUCUGUAUACUGUUGGGAAGUAUAGUAGGCCUAUUUUUAAUGUCACUACACUUAGUUCGUAUGUGAGCUUUUGCAUUACAGACUGCAAACGUACUAUAACAAACAAUUUGAGGCAUGCCUCCAAGACCAAGAGUGGCAAUUAGACAAGCCCGGAAAUUAAUUUGUCCAGCUGAACGAAAUAUGCUUCGCGAAAUGUACCAUUUUGACAGGCACGCAGCUCGAGUAUAUAGGUUUUCUAUCUAUACAAAUUGUCCUUUGUAGUAAUAGUAAAGACUAUUGUCCAGCGGAUAUGCACAGAUAUUUGAGAAAAUCAUGCACUUUGUGAAGAAAGCACCAAAUUCAUAGGAAGUGUUGACUUUAACAUGAUAAUGAAUCUUAGAUAUGGAGGCAUCACCAAAAUUGAUGCUGACGGCUUAAAAUUUAGGAUUUCUUAUAUUCUCUUAUUAAUCUCUUAUACAAUUAAAAAUUGUGAAAUUGCAGGUUCACAUAUAGCAAAAAUGACAUGCGUCAUUACAAAGCUUACAAAAAACUGUAUAUAAGGCAUUUAAGCAGUUACUUUGAUUUUCCAACUCCUCUGGAGUUAUGAGCGGUUGAAAAUAUGUUUUAGGGCUAGUGUCCAGGACGUUGGCGGGAUUUUUGCCUAUUUAUCACGUUUUUAAAUAGCAAUAACUGGAAAACUGCUUGGAAAAUCAAUCAGCCGUUUAAAAGUCUUAGAUGUAGUUUUUUGUGAGCUUUCUAAUCAUGCAAGUCAUUUUUGCUAUAUGUGAACCUGCAAUUUCACAAUUUUAAACAGUAAUAGAGUUUAAUAAGAGAAUAUAAUUGGUGAUGCCUCAAUAUCUAAGAUACAUUAUGUUAAAGUCUACACUUCCUGUGAAUUGGAUGCUUUCUUCACAAAGUGCAUGAUUUUUUACUUUUCCGCUGGACUAUAAAGACAAAUUCCAUUGGGCAGAUUAACAGUGGGUUGCGAGCAUAAUCUGUCAAAAUGACUAUCUGCAUAUAGUAAUGAUUUAUUACCUAUAUUUCAUGACCAUGCAAAUUACAAAACGAAUAACUCAGGACAACAUAUUUAGCAUACAAGAAAGGUAAUGCAACAGCCAAUAGAAUCUUACUAUUUUGUGUUUAGCGAUGUUUUGCAUAUAGGUCAUAUAGUGAGAGCCAAUAAGAAUCAGUGAUUUUGCGUGUCUUUCGUCGCGUUAAUGAUAUUAAUGAGGCUUUACGUCCUUAGAUGCAGGUCAACUAUUAUAACUCAAGAAACGUUUUCAUAGCCAUUUUUUAUAUCGAUUAAUUUACAAUUUCUCAUUACCACCACUCGAUCAACGGUCGGUCGCACUAUGAAUGUUAUUAUAAUAAGCAAUGGUUAACUUUACUGUGAUGUAUGUGAAGUGUUUAGUAGGCCUUUUCUCGUUAUAUUUUUAGAAAAUCACCUCUAAAGUCCAAUUGAAUUUUGUGAAUCUUCAAGAAGGUAUUCACGUUUCGGUUAAACGUCGUGAUUGCCCGUAAGUAUUUUAAAUCUUUGGCCCUGGGUGGUCUUUUUUAAUCAAAUUUCCUACGCGAAAUUGCAACGAUAUUUUCCCGGAAAUGUAAAGUGUUCUAGAUCGUCUAAAUUUAAUAUCACUGUAUUCUAAUAUUCGUUUAUUUAGCUCUGAGAGUAAUGAGGAAAACGUGUGUGUGGGCGUCAAGCCUGGAACGAGGGUAAGCAAUGUUUUCUAAAAUUCAGAAAAUUACAUCCAGAAAAAUCCACGAUCAAGACUAAUAUCAAUACAAAAUAGGAAAAAGUUGUAUUUCGAAUUAGUAGAAAUUUUAGCGUGCUGUAGCUUUUGAAUUUCCCGCGUUCUGAUUGGUCGGAAUUGGGUAUAAACUAUAAACCCAAAGGUUUAUGGUUGCAUUGUAAAGAUCACUUAAAAUAACUUAAUAAUUUCUUUUAUAGAAUUUUGGUAACCUUUUCAAGAUAUUCAACUUUGUUUCAUAUGCAAAUAUCACCGGUGUGACAUCACAUCACAUAAUGAGUUUUCUGAAAAGUAUAGUUUUCUUGACGAAUACGUAUCUAAAAAACUUUAAAAUUGCCCUUGUAUAUGUGUUAAUUUCAUAACUGGUAAUUAACCCUCUGUAUUUGUUUGUAAAAAUAUUUUAUCAAGGUAAAAUAUUGCGCUUUCAAAAUGUCAUUAUGCGAUGUGAUGUCACACCAGUGAUAUUUGCAUAUUAAACAAAGUUGAAUAGAUCUUGCAAAGGAAGCAAGUUACCAAAAUUCUAUAAAAGAAAUUAUUAAGUCAUUUUAAGUGAUCUUUAGAAUGCAAUCAUAAACAUUUGGGGUGAAAUUUCGUGUCAUAGGCACUUUAAAGAAUGGGAUGUUAAUUAUUAUCUAAUGCUGAAUAUUAAUGAUUGACAAGUUUUACAAGCCACUCGCUCGUUCUUCGCUUCAAGCGAUAAGCUGACCUUAUAUCACCCUAUCAAUUCGAGCGAGAGUUGGAGCAAAUCUAUGCAAGCUUGUGAUCACAUCGCCUUCGGCAACUAAUUGUGAACUAGUUUAUGGACACGUGAUCCUUAAGUUAUGAGGCGCAAUAGUGGACAAAAGUCUAAAAUAUACAUUAGGGACUGGUCAUUAAUUAUGGCGAGGGGUGGCACCGAAGAGAAAAGGGUUGGCUAAACAAAAUUUGGCGUGAGUAAAAGGUUGGGUAAAUGAAACACAAAACAACUCAGAGGUUGGACAAUAAAGAUUUAUUAAUUUGUCAUUUCCAAAACAUGACUCACUCAAAUAUUGAAGACUAAAAGGCAAUGUCAACAGUCAUAUGUCAAUACAAUAUGUAAAUCAAUCACUAUCUUGAUCAUUUGUCAGAAGGCAAAUGCUGUCUCCAAAGACACUACAUGUUCGGACAACAUAAAACUUUAGACUGCAGAAAAUUGCACAAACAAUUAUCAAACUCGUGUCAUAGGAGUGGUAAAGGACAUAUGUGAGAACUGAAUGGUAUCCUUUUGUAUAGUUUUUGGCCAGGGGUGGGUAUAGAAACAUUUUCUGACUUUUUAAUGGCUGGAUCAGCAAAAAUUUUACCAAGAAAAGCAUUUCUCUUCGGUGCCACCCCCCCACCAUGAAUAAUGACCAGUACUCCCUUAUGGUAUAAUUUUGUCAUACAGUGUGUGUUUCUUUGUCAUAUAAAACACGACGCGUAGCGGAGUGUUUUAUAUGUGAUAAACCACGACUGCAAGUGCUUUAAAUAGCUUCAAAAACGACUCAUCUUAUACGAGUUCAUUGGCGAAGUAAUUUUUGAAAUAAACUUUGUCUAAACCGAGAAAAUCAAAGCUAAAGUUUAUGUAAAUUAACGUGAUUUUUUAUCACAUAUAAAACCACCACACGCUUAUGAUUUUUCUUUGUGUUUUGCUCCUGAAUUAUUAAUGAGUUUUUGAAAUAUGAUUAUACUUUGAUGAUCUUUAUUAUAAAGCCUGCUUGCAGUAUAUAAAGUCGAAUACGAGCGCGAAAGGCUGCUGGGAAUCGCUAAUAAAUGAAUUUAUUAGCGAUUCCCAGCAGCCUUUCGCGCUCGUAUUCGACUUUUCCUCUUUGCUCGGGGGGGCAACCUUAAUUGAAAUAGCUGUAUGGUCUGUUUUUAAUUCUAAUUUAUAAAGUCUACCCUGGGAACAAGUAUAUAUAAGAGCUCACUGCGCGGUCAGACAAUUGUACUUACAUCAAGUAUAAAAUAUCCUUAAUUCUAUUAGGGGCUCAAGGCUUUUACUUGUUCCCAGGGUAGACUAUAUAAAUUAGAAUUAAAAACAUACCAUAUAGGCCUAUAUGAUGAAAAGUUAAACAGACCAUAUAUAAUGACCGAAAACAAACCUUAUAUAAUGAAAAAGACCUUAUACUGUAUUAUAAGCAAACCAUGCAUAGUGGAAUCAGACUAAAACUAAUGAAAAGAGACCAUAUAUAAGGAAAACAGACUUUAUAUACUGCAAGCAGGCUUUAUAAUAAAGACCAUCAAAGUAUAACCAUACAAAGAAACACACAUUGUAUGACAAAAUUAGAACAUAAUGUAUACUUUAGACGUUUGUCCACUAUGGCGCCUCACAGACGUUUGUCCACUAUGGCGCCCCCCUUAGUGUGAGUGUGUUUUGGUUCCCAAAAAUAAAAUGCUUGAGAGUAUUCAUAAAGAUAGAGCGAAUGAUGUAGUUUCUCUUACCUCGAAGUUGCCACUUUCAUCAAUGAAUGUAUCUUGGAGCCACCUGAAGAUUCCUCCAUUGUAUAAAACAGGCUGUAGUGUUGAAUAAAAAAACAAGCAGGUUGUUCCCAUUCCCUUUGCUUGUCGUCCGACGGUUGGUGGUAAAUAUUGAUGAUAUUGGUUAUUUUAGGUAUCUUUUGAUGUGACUGUAACAGCAACAUCAUGCAAAAAUGGAAACAAGUCAAAGUAAGAUCUGUUCAUACCAAGAUAUUUGUACAAGUGUCCAUGAAGUCAAAAUAUUUAGCGACAGUUGUUUUUGAAGUACAAAAUAGAAUAGUGAUGCACCUAUAUGGAAAUUCACCGGUAUUCCAAUAACCGAUAUUGAAGGACCGAUAUUUUGCCGAUUUCCGCGAUAUUCUAUGUCAUUUCAGAAAAUUCAAAGAUGACAUCAUGGCAGUUCUACUUUAAUACUUUUGAAUUUAAUUAUAAGUUCAUUUGUUGUUUAUAAAUACUGAAAAUAUCAAAUGAAAUGCUGCAAAUGCAUUGCAACAAACUUGUAUAUUACUACGCCAGUGACUGUUUAUUUCAAAUAAAAAUAACUAUUGAACUCACUAAUAUUUAAUAACAGUUUGUAAUAUCGGUAAUAUCAACAACAAAAUUACCGAUACGUGUAUUUCUAUUUUAGUACCGAUAAGCUGAUAUCGAUACACCGAUAUGGAUAUCGGUGCAUCGCUAAAAUAGAACCAUUUAAGAACUAACUCAGUUUUAUUCACACAUGUGACGAAGCAACUGGAGUUGAAUGUGAACUUCAAAGUUGAGGAUUUACCUGAAUUGUCGAUAGACCAUAGAUUUAUUGAUUAUCAUUAUAACACUGGGGUGUCGAGAAAAAGAGGUCUGGUGCGGGAGGGGUAGGGAAGGGGUGCUCGCCCUCAAAACCUUUAUACUUUUUAAGCGGCAUGCGGACCACUGUACAUUUCUGGCGUCCGGAUAGCAGAAAGCAAUCUGUAUAUGUUUUGUUACAUUUCUAGAUUUGAGCUGAGUGCAUCAUCAUUUGGUAGAGUGCAAGUUGAGCUUGAUAUUAUAUGCAAAUGUGAUUGUGAGAGUUCUGGGGUAAGUGUUACUCAACGAUAAAUAUUUUUUAUCAAUUUACGAGGCAAAAUUAUUUUACUGUAAAUUUGAAGGAGUUGAAUUAGCACCAAAAGUGUUAUUCUGCCGAAAAAAAGGUCAAAAUUGUGGCAGCAUAACACUCUCGUGUUGCGUCUGGGUCUAGCAACAAAACUACAUGCGGUUCGUACUAGAAAAUACAUGCAUGCAGAAACCCUCGCCUUGCUGACAAAACCAUUGUAUUUUCCGAACAUGAAGUAUUUAUAGUAGUUGUCAUGGUAACACGAUAAUUUUUUUAUUUUUACAAUUGAAAAAUCCCCUAAAAAUAUCACUUUUAAUUACAAAGUUUUCAAUUCCCCAAACAUAUAUAUGUUAAGUAUGUUAUUAUACGUAAUAUAAGUUUCAAUUUAAGGUAAAAUUCAACCUCAAAAGCUUCACAAGACGUUUUAAAAUGUUCUUUAUAAAACUAUAAAACUGCCUUCAAAGGCUUUAUCGAACUAAACUUUGAGUUUGAAAUAAAAUGAUUUCAAAUUCUCGCAUUCAAACAACAUUUAAUAUAAUAAAAAGGCGUAAUCAAUAAAGAAACACUGGAAUUAUAUGCUGUCUUUUGUGCAAAAAUGAAAUAUAUUUGCAAGAAAUCAUCAUUCAUUAAUCAUCAAAUCUGACAAAUCAAGAAAUGUUUGCUAUUUUCGCUGUUUGUCAUGCAGUCGUUAUAAUGCAAACUUUAAAUUUGACCAAUCAGUGUCCGCUAUUCAUGACAGUCCGCCAUAUUUUUGAGAUCAAUGAAGAUCACCACCCAGCGAAACUUCGUUGGUGACCCACGCCCGCGAUCAAUGAUGAACUUUAGACUUCGCUAAUGCUUUCGUUUCCCCGGGUGUAGAUAGCCGGGCGGAAUUAGUACCCUCGCCCCGGGCUUACGCCUGGAACGGCGCUCUGCGCCGUUGACUCGGGGAUUAUUAUUUGUAGUAGUCGGGGAUGACGUCAAUUUCUGUAUCAGAAUCAUCUUCACAAAUAAGGAGUUUAUGAUAACCGACAAUGGACAGGAGCAGACCAGACAACUGGCAGUCACAUGCAAGCAUCAUUAAAAUAUGCGAGCUCGCAGGUGCCUUUUGAGCUUGUGCAGGCGCAUUUCAGAAUCUCUUUAAAAAUCUGACAUUUUAACAAUAUUCAACUCUGAAAACCUAAAAUACGAUGCACUUUUACAGAAUUUUGCUCGCAGGUAUUAGUGACUUCUGGUCAUACGACUGCUUUGAACUCACCGUAGGCAAACUGCGAAGGUGAAUUGGAAAAUCUUCCUUCGUAGUGCCGACUACAGUCAGAAUUUUCAUCAAAUGUUUAGCUACUAAGUUGACAAUAAUCACAAAGAGACGUAGAAGAUGUUUAGAAGUUCUCAGCUUGUCAGUUUUGUACAUUACGAUCACUGAUUACGACGAACGUACAGCGCAUGUGCAUACAAACUUCGAGGCUUCGGUGGCGCGGUCUUCAGAGCAAGGGCCUUUCACCUCUGAGAUCGUGAUUCGUGCGUUCGAUUCUCGCUAUGGACUCAUGUGAAAAGAGUCAGUCAACGCUCUGCUGAAAGUCGUGGCUUUUCUCCGGGUGCUUCCGUUUCCUCCCACAGGGAAAGUUGACAGGGUAUGGGUAAGGAUAAACACAGUUAAGAAAGUAAUAUCACAAUUGUUGUAAAGAUAAAAUAGUCUGGUCUAAGUAAGUAAUUAGGUAAGUGUAUAAUUAACAAUUUUACCAUGAGCUCGAGUCGUAUAUGAGCUGAUAGCCGACGAGGUGCGUAGUUUUUAUAAUAUAGUCUAAUAGCCAUUAACUGAAGCAAUAAUUAAUUAUCCUCUGUUACAAUGUCUUGACAAUUUGUUCGGCCAAAAACCGCUUAGCCUUGAAAAUUUGAAAUACUUUUGUUUUUAAUACUCGAACUCAACUUCAACUCGAAGACGAAGUGAAAGAAAUGGUUUUAGAACCGGUAUAUAUCUCACAAAAAAGCUCAGAUAUAUUAUACAGAUGUUUGGUAGUAUAGUAAGUCCUUGUUGACUGCAAAUUCAUUUGUCUUUCGUUACAAACUUUUCUGAACAAUUUAUAUUCUCAAAGGACAUGUUUCUUCGCUGUUGUUUCGGUAUUAAUUCUUUAAAAAGCUUGUAUUUAAACUAAUUUCUAUGUAAUAAAUGUGUUUUUCUAACCUGUCAAAUUUUUGUGAGAGUUUUUCCUUGUACUAUUAUCUUUCUCAAAGCGAAUAUUUUCCUUUUUUCUGCUUCGCAAAACUGUAGUUUUUGGACCGCCAUCUUGUUUUUCGCCACUCGCCGUAUAUAGCUGAUAUACGGCGAGUAAUUCAACCAAUCAGAUUGCAGAACAGCUCAUAUACGGUGAAUGACUAUAUUAUAAUUAACAGUUAUUCUAUGAACUCGAGUCGAAUAUGAGCUGAUAGCCGAUGAGGCGCGUAGCGCCGAAUCGGCUAUCGCUCAUAUUCGACGAGAGUAAGUGGAAUAACUGUUUUAUUAUAUACACAAGGUCUGAAUUCACAGACUUUGCUUUUCGGAUAUUUUCAAUAUUUUUCUAUUUUGUUUAUGUUUUUAUCUUCGCUCUUUCGGCCAAUUAUUGUUUCAAAAAUAUAUAUUUUUAACUAUUUUAAAUUUUAAAAAUUCAUUUGCUAACCUGUAAACAAUUUGUGGGAGUUUUUUCAUUGUGUUUUUAAUCCUGUGAAGGUUAUAAAAGCGACAACUUGCCGUUUUCUCGUUUGCAAAACAUCGUAAAUUCAGUUUGCCCGCCAUUUUGUUUUUCUCUACUAGCAGGAUAUGAGCUAAUAUCCUGCUAGUAGAGAACCAAUCAGAUUGCAGAAUACCUCAUAUCCAGACCUUGUGUAUAUAAUAAUACUUGAUAUAAAGUGCAUUUGGUCAUAUCCACAUGUAAAUUUGCGCUAUAGAAAUGUUUAGAAAAACUUUAUUUACUACAAACACGCUAGCCUCAACAACUACUAAAGCUGGUUUCCACGAAAUAUAUGAGCUCUAAUAUUGACUAAUUUAAGACGCAUGCAUGUUAAACUGCAUGAAAACUUUCUCAACCGUAGAUGUAGCCGUGUUGCUGCGUGGGAUACAGCAGCCGACUUGGACCGAAUGUAGUCCAUGCGCAAAUUUUUAACCGAAGUCUGUGUUCUGUAAUUGGUUAUCUUAAAGUUCCUAAUAUAAUUUAAAACACUACUCGUCGCUAUUCUCCUCUAUUUGAUGACUUUGUAUUUCGAUAAAUUUGAAAGUGGAAAUGUUGUUAUGUACGUAUAAACGUUGUCUCUGUCAUUUUCAGAUCCCUGACAGUCCUAGAUGUAAUGGCAAUGGAAGCCUGGUGUGUGGUAACUGUGAGUGUGAUGAAGGCUGGUUAGUAUUAAAUAAUAUUACUUGAAUGUACAUUUAUUU